AUGGCGACUAGUUUCACACGAGGCGACCCUGCCGCCGCUCACAAGGACAGCGGCAAGGUCGAGAUUAGCAAUCUCAUGUCGCCCCCUGACAACCUGCUCGAGAGCUUCAACCAGGGCCAUGGUCGCCAGCAGUCAAAGAUGCUCUCUGCCAUGGCCACCGUCGUCGGCUCCAUGCCAGCCAGCGGCGGCCUCUCCUCUGACAAACACCCGCUGCCCAUGUCGCCUCCGAUCUCACCCUACAACAAGCAUGUCUCCAGCAGCGCCUCACCCAGCACGCCUCCCGGCCAGGCCAUCCAGGAUCCCGUUCUCUAUCCCAUCGACGAGUCCUCGCCAUCCAGCCCACCUCAGCCGCCUCUGUUCGCACCCGCCGAGAUUGAGCACCACAAGCGCAUCGUGGACGAGCAUGUCCGCGCUCGCCAGUCGUCCACAAUCAUCUUCGAAAAGGUGUCGCCGCCCCUGCGCGAGGACUACGAGCUUGCCUUGACCUUCCGCUCGCAGGUCAUGAAGCACUUCACCAGCGACCGCCGCGGAUGGCUCCUCAAGGAGCGGGCCCUGCUCGUGGCGGAUCGACAGGCAGGCAUCGGAGCCCAACGUUUCCCAACCAUCCUGCCGGCCAAGCCCAUCGCGGCCAAGCCGGCCCGAUCCCAGCGCGCCGAUCGCGUCUCCAAGCCACAGGCCACGGCUCCCCGUCCGAUCCGCUCCGGCACGGGUCCCUCGGUCGUGGUGCGACCCGCCGCUGGCCGCCGCCCAAGCGCCACGCCCGAGCCAUCCCGCCGGAUCGUGGCCCCCAACCGCGAGGACAAGGACUUCAACGCCCUCCCCGACUACUGCCCGCCUCUCAGCUCCCUCCCCAGCCGGGCCAACAGCCUCAAGGUUGACUGGAAGGGUCAGCCCAUCGACCUGUCCAACGACCCGUACCACGACUUGCUUCACCCUGACGAGAUCAUCCUCGCCGGCAACCUCCGCCUGGACUGCGCCACCUAUCUCACCAGCAAGCGUCGCAUGUUCGAGCGCCGUCUCCAGUGCCUCCGGACUGGCAAGGAGUUCCGCAAGACCGACGCUCAGCAGGCUUGCAAGAUUGACGUCAACAAGGCCUCGAAGCUCUGGACGGCCUUUGACAAGGUUGGCUGGCUCAACGCCGACUGGGUUCGACGCUUCUUGUAGAUGCGAGCCAUUUUCAGGUUCCUCAACGAAUAGAGAGAGAGGGUGGGCUGAAUCCUUUGCUCUGAUUCCAUGACCUCUCUUCCUCGUCGUCUCUUCUCUACUCUGGUGUCUUUCCAUCCUUACAGCAGCUCGAACAUUCAUUCUCCCCCCCUUCGCCUUUACGACUUUGACGACCAUCAGCACUUCCAUCAGCGUUACGACACACAUUGCUGUUUUCAUCCGUUCUUCAUCUUCAUUUCUUGCCCGCCAAUUGGUUCCUCACUCGAUUGAAUGCCCUGGUCGGCUUGGUUCAGCGUCGCCGAUAUGAUUUUUGUCCCUUGAUUGCGGCAAUAAAUCUACGAAGCAAUAUCACGCAGGCCACUUACGAUUUCGUUACUCAAUUUUUUUUUCAUCGUCCCCUCCAUCAGCCUGUUCCCCCCUUCUUCAUCUCUUACACGAUACAACGC